AUUUUCCAAUUUAAAUUGAAAAGUGGGUAACAGAAUCAUCCGCAUCGGGCAGUUAGGACUUUGAAACCACCCAGAAACGAUUAUCCGGUAACAAAUAAACACACAUAUCAUUUUAUCGAAUUCCCGAUAAGAUUUAAGUUCAUUGUAACACCCGUGCUAUUCUUAGUAAGUUCCCUUUACGUAAAUCCGAGUGGGAUACGGGUAUUUAGUUCUCUAACCUACAAAAUGGAUCAACACAAGAUAAAACCGAUUUGUUUAUAACGCUGAUUGACUUCUUUGAGCGUUACUGCGAUCUUCAUCUCUCGUCGUGAUACUAGUGAAAAUAUUAUUAAGUUUUAGUGAGAGUGACUUAUGGUAGCACUUGAAGAAUGGAGUCUUUAAGAACCUUUCUCGGAUACCUGGAUAUCUUCGAUAUAGGGCGAUUUCUCAAGAGAAUCAUUCCAUCAUUUCCUCAACAGGCGACUGAUUUUCUAGCGGUGGUAAUUACUAUUGGCAUAACAUCAUCUGUUCUUACAGUGUUACGGUCCAAACUCUUCAGAAUCAUCAUCAAAACAUUUCCUAGAGAUAUCAAAUUGGUAUGGAUGUUUAUAAGAUUGAACUACUUCAUACUAUACAGAACUUGGUUAAACCGCACAGUGCCUAAACUUUUCAGACAAACCGUUAGGAAAUAUCCUAAAAAGAUUGCUUUCCACUUCGAGGAGCAAAAAUGGACUUUCGAACAGGUGGAUCAGUUCUCGAAUCAAAUUGGAAAUUACUUCAAGAGUCUAGGAUACAAGAGAGGUGAUACUGUUGCCCUCCUAAUGGACUCCCGACCUGAAUACGUAUGUGUGUGGUUGGGCCUAGCUAAAGUUGGAAUUAUAACAGCUUUGAUCAACACUAACAUGAUGUCUCAACAAGCCCUGCAUCAUGCCAUAAAAUCGGGAAAUAGCAAUUCUAUAAUUUUCAGUUCCAAAUUCAAGCAGAUCGUACAAAAAGUUAGAACAUUGAUGCCUGAAUUGAAAAUGUUUCAAUUCAAUGAUGGAACAGAAGAAAUUAUUCCGGAUGCCGCUGAUAUGAUGAAAGAAUUACAAAGUUUGUCAAACAGCCAAAACUCUUUGGAUUCUGAUAUAGACAAGGGAAAAUCAGACGACAGGCUUAUCUACAUUUAUACGUCGGGAACUACUGGAUUACCAAAGGCUUCCAUCAUAAAAAAUUCUAGGUACCAUAUAGGAUAUAUAGUAUUUAAUUUAGGAGUGCAAAUAAAGCCUGAGGAUGUGAUAUACACACCUGUCCCCCUCUACCAUUCACUUGGAGGGAUGUGCGGAGUUUCACAGGCGCUAAUUGAGGGAGCCACUGUCGUUAUUAGAAGUAAAUUUUCAGCAAGCAAUUUUUGGAAGGAUUGCGAGAAAUAUAGUUGCACGAUAUCUCAGUACAUUGGUGAAAUGGCUAGGUAUGUCAUAUUAGCUCACCAGAACUCUUCAGAUAAACCCACCUACAAACUGAAUAAAAUGUACGGAAACGGUAUGAAGCCAACGACAUGGAAACAAUUCGUCGAAGCAUUCAAUGUUGGUCAAGUUUACGAGUUUUAUGGGAGCACAGAAGGAAACUUCGGUUUGUUUAAUCUGGACAACAAAAUUGGUGCUGUUGGCUAUAUACCAGUAUAUGGAGACUUCGCUGUUCCAAUUGCGUUGAUCAAAUGUAACUCCAAAGGUGAACCUAUCAGAAAUGAAGCAGGUUUCUGUGAAAUCUGCGAAUACAACGAGCCGGGUCUUCUCAUAUGCAAGAUAUCCAAAUUCUUGCCCGUGACCAAAUUUGACGGCUACACAAACGAAGAGUCGACAAAGAAGAAGAUCCUCCAGGAUGUGCUAAAGAAGGGAGACUUGUAUUUCAACACCGGUGAUGUCCUUGUGAGGGAUGAUCACGGUUACUUCUACUUCAAAGAUAGAACCGGCGAUACUUUCAGAUGGAAAGGAGAGAAUGUAUCCACUACAGAAGUAGAAGAUAUCCUCAGCAGUGUUUUAAACAAGGAUGUAGCUGUAUAUGGUGUAGAGAUUCCCGGAAGUGAAGGCAAAGCAGGAAUGGCAGCUAUUGUAGACCAAUCAAAAUCCCUAGAUCUUGAGCAACUCCUUCGCAUCUGCCAAUCAAACCUUCCAUCAUACUCGAUACCGAUAUUUCUUAGGAUUGUUCAAAAAAUUCCACAGACUGGUACUUUCAAAAUUCAGAAAACAAUAUUACAAGAGGAAGGUUUCGAUAGAAAUGUUAUACAGGAUGAACUAUAUUUUCUGAACCCAUCCACGAAGGAAUAUGUGGAACUUGAUAGUAACAUAUAUGAGGAUAUUAUCAAUUCGAGAAUAAGACUAUAAUCCGAAAAUAUAGUACAAAGAACCGAACAUCUUCAGCAUAAAGAAUAAAAUACAUAUGGUUGUGGAUAAUAGUAAAAACAUCGUGAUGGAAUUAAAUUUCAAAAUUAAA